UGCUGGUCAUAUUAAUCAUCAUUGCCGGUCCCAAGCCCGGAUAAAGGAGGAGGGUUGAAGGCAGUAGUUUGUCAUUCGUAAAAAAGUGGGAAAUGAAAAUACUGAUUGCAACCCAGUGUACCACGUUUUGGACGACAUGAGGACACAUUGAUGGGAGUUUUCAAAGGAUGAGUGCUACACGAUCAAAUGAUUAACGGAAAAGCAGUGCAUCCACCCAGAAGUUGUCACUGUGUGGUGGAAUCAUAGUGUCGUUUUUCUGUGAAUACAGAGACGGAUUUAUACUGGAUAAGGCCCUUAGCUCUUCUGAUCUUUAAAGUUCGGAUAUCUUGAUAUGUCACUGUCAAAUGGGAUUUUGUUUACUCGGAAAAUUUUAAUCGUGGCCCGUGGCCCUCAGGAAAAUGGGCUCCUUACCCAAGAAUAGCUUGUAAAAGAGCUUAUGGGAAAAUUCGGUGCUAUUCGAAUACGAGUCAGGUGAUGCAGUAGCAGAAGAUGGAAAAAAUCAUCGUGCUGUAAUGUGGAUUGUGAUUUCAUUGUAUCAACUCUGCUGAUUAUUUGAUGUUGCAUUUGGCAGCAAAGCCACAUGAAAAAACCUGCGGGAGGAUUUCGAUAUUUAAUGGAUCUGGAGGUCCUCAACCUCCAAAACAAUUUUUUUUAUAAUUUAAAAUUAUAAUUAACAUUUUUCGCAUGAUUUUUCCAUAUCAUGAUGUUUAUAAUAUUUCUGGAACAUUGUUGAUGAUUCCUUUUCUAAAUCUUUGCAAAAGUAGGUAUUAUAUAUCCAUUUUUUUUUGUUCUCCCAAACCUCAUUUCUUCAAAUAGGAUACUCUAUAUCAACUAACAAACAUUUUUUCAAUUAUGCCAGGAAUAAUUGUCAAUUAUAUUGAAAUUCCUAGAAAAUUUCAACUGAAAUAGACAGCAUUCAUGUAAGAAAAAUGUCCCGAAGAAAAAAAUUAAAUGGAAAGAGUUAUAUAAUUCAAAUGACAGCAGGCGCGUGGCUAUUCCACUUCCCAUUGGUAGAUUAUAGGGGUUGGUGGUUGAAACAAGCUAGCAGUUGACGUCGCUAUUGGAUAACUGCCGCAGUUCAGUUUAAACACAACCCCACAACAGUAUUUAAGGCGUGGCUUCACGGGGGUGAUUUACAGAUCCUACAAAUUCCAUCAUUUCCUGUUUAAAAUUCUUCGGGUAAAGAGCUUCUGCGGAUGUGUGACAGUGUAUUGCGCGAAUAAUUAUUUUGAGGAUGGAUUCAGGAAAAUCAUUGUCGCAAAAUGAAACAGCCAAAAAAGAAUUGUGCCCAAAACCAAAUCAGGUCAGCACAGUUAUUCUCUAUGGAGUACCAAUAGUAUCUCUGGUAAUAGAGAAUCAGGAAAGAUUGUGCUUAGCUCAGAUAUCCAACACUCUAUUGAAGCAGUUCAGCUAUAAUGAGAUACACAAUAGACGAGUGGCUCUAGGUAUCACCUGCGUUCAGUGCACGCCUGUGCAGCUGGAGAUCCUUCGACGAGCUGGAGCUAUGCCAGUAUCUUCAAGGAGAUGCGGGAUGAUCACCAGGAGGGAAGCGGAACGUCUAUGCAAGAGCUUCUUGGGCGACAACGCCCCUCCAAGGCUACCGGAGGACUUCGCGUUCAUGGUGCACCACGAAUGCGCUUGGGGGUGCCGUGGUCAAUUCCUCCCCUCUCGCUACAACUCAUCGAGAGCCAAAUGCAUCAAGUGUUCAAUGUGCGGUUUGUUCUUCUCCCCCAACAAAUUCAUCUUUCACUCCCACCGUCUGUCGGCCAACGAUAAAUACGUACAACCAGAUGCGGCCAACUUCAAUUCCUGGAGACGCCACAUGAAACUCAGCGGGAAUCCACCGGAAGAGAUCGUUCACGCGUGGGAAGACGUGAAGGCCAUGUUCAACGGUGGCACCAGGAAGAGGUUGCUGGCCAACUCCAUUUCGGAGAGUCCGCAGAAGCAGGCGAAGAUCGAGCCGCAGCCUCAGCCUAUUGUACCUUCACCACGCAUACCGAACUGUCAGGAUCUAACGUUUCCGAUAUCCCGCGUUGCCAUGGAUUUCAUCUACCACAAACCGCUGGCCUUCACUUCGUAUUCCUCCUUCCCGUGGUUGAAGAGGAGUCCGAUUCUGUUUCCCCAGGACAAUCCGUUCUUUUCGAUGGAGAAGAGCUACCAGUCAGCUUUCAAGCCUGUCCAGACGGUCGUGGAUAAGUCACCGGUCGAGAAGAAAGAGGACAGUGACGAUGAGGUUGAUAUCGAGACCACGGACGACAAGACUACUAGCUGGGACUUGAAGGAAGAGAAGGUGGUACCUCAAGACAGUACAUCGAGUGUUGAGGUAGUGAAGGAUCUACCAUCCUUACCAAGAGAAGAGCUGGCAAGUUUCUCGCAUAGAAUAUGGAAUUUAUCACGACUUUCUUUCGAAGGAUCUGACAGGACGAAUUUCCUCUAUCGUCAGGAUAUUCAAAGACAUUUCGCCAUAGGUUCUCCAGAAACAUCGCUUCUGAGAAGUCCGCACAACACUAAUAUGGACAUCAAGAACAAUAUAGAUUGCACAAAAUGCUACGAUCAAAACAAUAUGAGUCAGUUAUAG